AUGUUAUCAUUGUGGUUAUUUGCAGGGGCUCUUGCAACCUACCUCAUUUGCAUUUCUAUAUAUCGUCUCUUUUUGGAUCCUCUUGCGAACAUACCAGGACCCAAAUUAUGUGCCCUUACUGGGUGGUAUGAAAUAUUCUGGGACAUUGUGGUCGGAGGCCAGUUCACCUUCAAAAUCGAGGAAUGGCACAAAACCUACGGGCCCAUUAUGCGCAUAGGACCCAACGAAGUGCAUUUCAACGAUCCAGACUUCUACAAUGAGCUUUAUACAACUACAGCAACCUACCAGAAGCCAGCAGAGUGGCGAUACCGCUUCGGCUUCGGGUCUGCGCUAUUCGAUACCGCUGACCAUGAGCACCACGCCAGGCGACGUGCUCCGCUGGCAGCAUUUUUUUCACGAUCGAAGAUCUUGGAUUUCAGCCCAUUUAUUCAGGAGCAAACUGACCUUUUGGUAAAGCGGAUCCAAAAUCACAGAGGUCAAAUCAUCUGCGCCAAUGAGGCAUUCGACGCCCUCACGAUGGAUAUCAUCGGAUACUACGCUUUUGGCCUAUCCUAUCACUCCGUGGAUUACCCCAAAUUCCAUGCACCCUAUAAUCAUGUUACUGAGGAUGUGGCCCGUAUGGUGCAUACUGGUGCCCAUUUUCCUUGGGUCUUCACGGUCCUUAGGUCGAUUCCCCAAGCUAUCGUGUCCUCGUUCGCGCCGCCAAUGAAGAAGAUUUUCAAGUUCAACGAAGAGAUUGCCGCCCAGAUCGGAAGAAUACUCAAAGAUAGAUCUAAGCACGAUCAGGAAAAAAAUUCUCAUCAGACUAUCUUCCACGAGAUCCUGAACUCCAAACUGGAUCCUAGUGAAUUGACCCAGGAAAGGCUGCAGAUGGAGGCUGGCAGUUUGGUGGGCGCUGCUCUCGAAACGUCAAAGAUGACUACUGCGCUGGCAAUCUACUACAUCCUGGCCCAGCCCGAUGUCGAGAAAAAGCUCCGCGAAGAGCUAAAGACUUCCAUGCCUGAUCCGAACAAGAUUCUCACGAUACCCGAGCUCGAAAACCUCCCAUAUUUGGCCGCAUGCAUCCGCGAAGCACUUCGACUCGCGAUUGGUGUAUGUCAACGUAUUCGUCGCUACAACACCCAUGCUCCCACGCGAUACAAGAAUUACACAAUUCCCCCCAACACCGUUUUCGGCAUGUGUCACUGGGAGCAACUUCGAGAUGCCCGCAUUUGGGAUCGUCCCUACGAGUUCCUGCCCGAGCGGUGGUUGGCUAAUAAUGGUAACCCCCUGGCCCUUAACGGACAAGCAUUGAGCAAGUACUUUGUCCCUUUCCACCGAGGACCGCGUGGCUGCCUAGGCAAAGAGAUGGGGAUGGCGCAGCUAAAUAUUGGGCUUGCAACGCUGUUCCGCCGUGUCGAUCAUCUUGAGUUAUAUGAGACCGAUCAGUCAGCUGUGGAUAUUGUGGCUGAUUACUUCGUGCCGCUGUGUGUGAAGGGCUCAAAGGGUGUGCGUGUUCUCGUAAAGUAG